AUGUUGGACGCGUUGGUGGAGUUUGCUGACAAUGACAUCGAAAAGGACCCUGUGCAACAAUCGCUAGAAGCAUUAAUGCUUACUAUAGGAAAUGUUCAAUACUCUCAACUACAGGAAGCCGCUUCGAGCAAUACUGAUGCAAGAGAGUUCAUAUCGCGAAUUCGGCUUAAAAUGCAACGGUGUGCGCAUCAUCAGUAUCUCUACAAGCAUGAUCGAACUAAUUUAGCUGCCGAGCUUUUCGAUGGGGUGAAUAGUACAGCCGAAUGUCCACCCAUCGGACUUGCCUAUGAACAUUUCCAAAAUGUAUGGUGGAAGGUAACGCGGGAUAACGGUGCAUUUGUCCGUGGAAAGGAGGUGGGGACUGAUAUUCUUCUAGCACCACCUAUCACACUAGAAGAUAUUACAUGGGCCUUGAAAACUACAUCGAAGGACAUGGCAAAAGGAUCAGACCAGUUACCAUUAUGGAAGUUGAAGAAGAGCAAAACGCACGAGUUAUGGGCGGCAAUGAAUGUUUGGCUCGGUUUAAGGCGGGUUCCGGCCAGCCUUAAGCUGAAUCGAACAAAGUUACUACCGAAAGGAACGGUACAAUUAGAUAACAUCAAGAACUGGCAUCCAAUAACAAUUGCUUCCAUCCUAAUUCGUCUCUUCAACAACAUCCUGGCCAAAAGAAUGUCCAAAGUAUCUCAAACUGAUGCUCGACAAAAGGGUUCUAAACCACUGAAUGGAGUUGGACAAAACAUAGCGAUAUUGCAUCAUCUCAUACGACAUGCCCGCACACAUAAACGCGAUCUAUAUCUGUGUCUGUUGGAUGUCUCGAAGGCAUUUGAUUCUGUGCCGCAUGACUCAGCGAUUAGAGCGUUGAUGCGCAAAGGAGCUCCGAACGAAUUUAUUAAAUUGGUGGAGAAUCAGUAUAUGAGAGCGUUUACCAGCCUAUCGUAUGCUGAUAAGAGUUCGUUGUUGAUCAAGCUGAAGAGGGGAGUGAAACAAGACGAUCCAAUCUCAUCAAUAUUAUUCAACCUAGUGCUCGAUGAACUUUUCGAGUUACUUGGCGAUCGCUUUGGAUACAGUCUCGAGGGAGUGGGGAAGGCAAGUGCCAUGGCAUGGUGCUGA